GUUAGUCACGGUAGCCAAUUAGCUUAGCCUGCUAACGUAAACUGGUAACUGUUUCGCUGAGUUUACUCGUUAAAACAUUAUUAAAAUAGCGUUGGGUGUUUUAUAAACGGUGUGGUGAAGGAAGCAUUUCAUGAUAAACGUCGAACUUAAGAAAGCAAAUGCUUUGCUUGAAUUUCUCGAGUUUGCUUUUACAGUUUCCACAUCUGGUCCACUUUUGAAUGAAACGGCUGCGUGAUUCUCGUGUAUCAAGCGGAUCAAACCUGCACCCUGUGUGCUGAACUUUAAUUUGUUUUUGCAGAGGCAACACUAGCGCCUGCCUUUUGGUUAACUUUGUGUCACCUGGCUGGUAAAGUUUUUACACAACAGAAUAAGUUAAACCCAUCUGGUUUAUGCAAACUUGCAUCAAACGAGUUAACUUUUGUACCCGUGCAUUGUUGAUAUAGCGUUACGUCUGAAUUAUAGCUCAUUACAUAAUAGUUGACCAUGGAACCUGCGGCCUACAAGCACACAGUUUAAAUUAUGACACACUGAAAGGUUUGGCAUGUUACUGAUGUCUUCGGUCAAAUUAAAGGUGCACCCAACUGAUUUGAAUUAAUAAUACAAAUAUUAUUUGUUGUAUCAAUUAACUGUUUAGUCCAUAAAAAAUGACAUGCUUCUUUUGUAUGGGUUGUGUUUUUUUGUAUUUCAGCAUCUAUUAACAUACAUUUAGGGUGGAGAUAUGAGCAUUAGUCAAUAGUUUCUAUCAAGGAAGAGUAGUUGAAACAACACAUUUGGUAACAUAAUCAGCUCAUCUUUACUUUGCUAUUUCCCGUAUGGACAGAGACUUGUUAACAUUUCCCAAAAUGUAUAACAGAGCUCAUCUUUGGAAACAAGGUGGAAUUUUUCCUACAGUCAUCAAAAUUAUUUGUGUAUAGGUGAGUGAUCUCUGGGCAUCUGUAAAUAAUCAAGUCCCUUUUCGGAAAAAUAGUUUGUUCAUGCACUGGAAAACAAGUCAUACAAAGCUAAAUAUUACAUUGUUGGGUAAUCCCAAAAUAAAUGUAAUCUCUCCGUGUGUUAUAUUGUUGAAUGCCUUUUAGUAUGAUGAUGUAGCCCUGAGUGGUUGUUAUAGUAAAAGUAUUAUAUAAUAUGUAACUCCAGAUUGUUGUAAAGUCAAAAUUGAUCGAAAAACAGAUGGAAUCUUUAUUACGCAAACAAAACAAGGUUUUGAGAGCUAAUUUCUCGUUUGUGAGUAAAUUAACUGCCAGUUUUGCUUGUGAAACUGGAAUUGGUUGCUGCAAAUCCAAUUUUUGCUCUCAGACAAAAUAUCGUUUGCUCUCGAAACGAAAAUCUGCGAGUUGAGUUUGCAUGUAGUGGGCGAGGUGAGUUUUUAUUGGUGGGUUUGCCUAGCUCUUGGCUCGCUGCGCCAACGGGAGGUUACGAUGAGGAGCACAUGGAGAUAAGUUGGCAUCAUAUCGCGUAUUACAUGCAUUAAAACAACUGAUCGACUUGAUGCACGUCACGUGGGCAUUUAAAGAGACUCCACGGCACCAACAACAUGACAACAAGUGAAGUGCUGCUACAUUUAAAACGGAGCUAUAUGAUCAUAUUGCUCUGUCAUUCAAAAUAUAGCAAAAAUCUGCUGUCAACCCCUUUUUUUGUUUGUGUAAUGAAGAUGCGAAUCUACCUUCAUACUUGCUCCCCACCUCCCACACGUAAAGAGUCCAGCAACUGCAUUAACGAAGUGCGCUUGCAGCGAUCUAUGUUAAAUUACAUUUACAUAACCACAAUAGCAAACACUGCUGGUAUAAAACCAUCAUUCAAAAACCCCAGGAGAAGCUUCGAAAGUAAAAAAUAAUACAAAAAGAUCCGGUACAGCCCGAGUUGUUAUGCAUGCUGCUACUAAUUUUGAUUUAGUAGAUUUUGAAUACAUCCUGUUUAGUAAUCUAAGCUCUGUGGUGUAUUACAUGGUUCGUACGGUCAUGGAAAACCUGGGAAAGUCAUGGAAUUUUAAAAUGGUCAUUUCCAGGCCUGGAAAAGUCAUGGAAAUUUGUUAAAAUCACAUGUUCAUUUACACCGAGUUUGAAAUAAUUCAUAUAUUUUUUUUAAAGAAAGACGCUCAAAAUAUAAGCCAGCGUACGCUCUCAAUACGCAAAAUGUUCCACAGUUUUCAUGUUUAUACCGAGAUUUCAGUUUGGUCAUGGACAUUUGGCUUAAGGUCAUGGAAAAGUCCUGGAAAUCCAUCGGUCAAAAUGUGUCAGAACCCUGGUAUUAGUUCAGUAAUAAUUGUAUCUUGAUGUCGUCUAAAGAGACAUUUGUGUGUGCUGCCUAGCUACUGGCAACCUGAAACAUCGUUUCGUGAAAGGAUGUCGCGCCUUUUCAUCUCGAGCGUCCUUGACUGCUUUCGCUCUCUCACACGCAGCCUUUCUCUUCAUCCUCGAAGCUGCUCCGUGUUCUGAAUCCUGCAGAACUCCAGUUGUGUAAACCAAGGCUGUCCUGAGUUAUAGUAUAAAGAGCACUAAAUGACGGACAUGCGCUCCCUCUGCCCACACUGCGGCUGUGUGGAAAUGGCAGAGGACGAGUCGAUGUCCGUCACUCUUCCAACCCGCCACCGUACGCUGGAGAGAGAGCGUCUGUCCUUCAUCUCGAUCGUUGGUUGAACGACUUCUGGAGGAAAAGCUGCAAUCGGUGAUUUCAUUUAUCUGCUUUUCUCAUGCAGUCGAACACGCGAAGUCGCCUGUUUGAGUUCUUAGCGCUGGGCGUGGUGAGUUGGAGUUUGUUGGCGUUUUCCUCUGGUAGGAUGAACGUGUGGAUCUGAUGACUUUAUAAGCAGGGUUUGUUCCUUCUGUAAACGGGACAGAGGGCCGAGAUUUGUUUUCUUGUCCGUGAAAACGUCCAGUGCAAAAUUAGUUUGAGUUAGUUUUGAGUGAAUAGAAUAACAUCGGGGAUGAGCGCAAGAUUGGAGGAAGGUGUGUCGGUUUUCUCCGAUCUAGAUUUUUGUAUCAGCACGGUGGCCUUCUUACUCAUAUGCAAUUAAUUACACUGGCUUUCAAUAUGGGAGACCAAAUGUUGCACCAUUGCCUUUAUGAAUGGGAUACAAUCACAGAUCAGAUGGACAUUUAGAUUUUGUCGUGCUAUUUAUUUCAUUAUAUAGCAUCAAAUCAAGUUCACGUUAAACUUUACGUUAACCGUAAUGAUUAUAUGGGACACUGAUAACCGCGGUUGAAUCGUUGCUGACUGCUGCAUUAGACAAUGCCCAUAUAGGCAAACGCAAAGGAUGACAAGAUCGUUAACAUUGGAAAUACGAUUUGCACAUGAUUAUACGGUAGAAGCAUUCUGCAUCUGCAGCACAAUUACCCUUUCUGGACCCCAGGAAGCAGGACGCUGUCACUGAAGUAGGUUUGCGCUCAAUAUUUAACCAGGUGUUUCACAUCUGACUGAUGUGUAUUUUUGCUUUAUUUGACUUGUACACCCUGUGAUUCCCUGUUUUUGAAACGCUAUCGCAAUGCUCGCGUGGAGCCCGGCCCGUUCGGAAAAGGCCUGCUUGCUUUGCUCCCAGAGGGUCAUUGUCGAGGACUGCCCACAGCUCGUCUAUUCCAGGGAAAUUCGGUUGUUAAAGACCAGGCAUGCCUCCAUCCAACCGCAUGACCCCACAAGGACCGGCGAUGGGCCCCCCGGGAUAUGGCAACAGCCCAGUGUCUCGUCCUGUGAUGCCCGGCGUGAUGGACCCGUCCCGUAAGAGGCCCGCCCCCCAACAGGUUCAGCAGGUUCAGCAGCAGAACCGCAACCAACACACAAAGAAGAAGAAGAUGGCUGAUAAAGUUCUACCUCAGAGGAUCAGGGAACUGGUCCCAGAGUCUCAGGCUUACAUGGAUCUCCUGGCUUUUGAGAGGAAGCUGGAUCAGACCAUCAUGCGCAAGAGGCUGGACAUUCAGGAGGCCCUCAAGAGGCCCAUUAAGCAAAAGAGAAAGCUCCGGAUCUUCAUAUCAAACACCUUUAACCCCCCAAAGCCAGAUGCUGAGGAUGGAGAGGGCACCGUGGCAUCAUGGGAGCUACGUGUUGAGGGUCGUCUGCUGGAAGAUACUGCUGUGUCCAAGUAUGAAGCCACCAAACAGAAGCGGAAGUUCUCCUCUUUCUUCAAGUCCCUGGUGAUCGAGUUGGACAAAGACUUGUACGGUCCAGAUAAUCACCUCGUGGAAUGGCACAGGACCGGCGCCACCCAGGAGACGGAUGGUUUCCAGGUGAAGAGGCCCGGUGAUGUGAGCGUUCGCUGCACUGUCCUGCUCAUGCUCGACUACCAGCCCCCUCAGUUCAAGCUGGACCCCCGGCUGGCUCGUAUGCUGGGCAUCCACACUCAGACCAGACCUGUCAUCAUCCAGGCUCUGUGGCAGUACGUCAAGACCCACAAACUUCAAGACCCUCAUGAGCGCGAGUUCAUCAACUGUGACAAAUACCUGCAGCAGAUCUUUGAGACUCAGCGGAUGAAGUUCUCUGAGAUCCCGCAGCGCCUGCAUGCACUGUUGAUGCCCCCAGAGCCAAUCAUCAUCAACCAUGUGAUCAGUGUUGACCCGACUGACCAAAAGAAGACUGCUUGCUAUGACAUUGACGUGGAGGUGGACGACACGCUGAAGACCCAGAUGAACUCCUUCCUGCUCUCCACAGCCAGUCAGCAGGAAAUAGCAGGACUGGACAACAAGAUCCAUGAAACCAUUGAGACCAUUAACCAGCUGAAGACCCAGAGGGAGUUCAUGUUGAAUUUUGCCAGAGAUCCUCAGGGCUUUAUCAACGACUGGUUGCAGUCACAGUGCAGAGACCUCAAGACCAUGACGGAUGUGGUCGCAAACCCAGAAGAAGAGCGGAGAGCGGAGUUUUACUACCAGCCGUGGGCUCAGGAGGCCGUCUGUCGCUACUUCUACUCCAAGGUCCAGCAGAGGCGACAGGAGCUGGAGACGGCGCUCGGCAUCAGGAACACCGAAUGAUAUCGUAUCCACGGAGACGUGCCGCGUGGUCCCAGGCGACCAAUGUGCGAGCGUGUGUGGGAUGUUCACAAAUGAAUUCCUCCAAGAGUUUUCCAAUAAACUUCGAGAGACAUAGAUACUCGAUGGCUUUCCCGUUAUAUAGGAUGUCCCUGUUUCGGUUGUCAUUCACCCUGCAGCCCGACUGCUGUUGCCGUUUGAUCGCUACUUCCACUUUUCCACACCAGAGCUGCAAUGUAUUUUUCGCUUGCAUGUCUAAGCCUUACCUGGAAGCAUUCCUCUCAUUUUGAUACGCAAAAGUACAGAUUGUACGCAAAUGAACGAGCAGAGGGCAACUUUUUAAUGUGUUCUGUCCCUGAAUCUAAAAAUGUCUUUAAUUGGCUGAAGCGUGUUGAUUCUGCCUUGAUUCUUUGUUGCCCCCUUUUUGGGGAAAGUAAACAUUUACUUUCCCAACUUGGCCCCCGGACGCUUGCCCGUUCAGUUGGAUAUUGAUUGUGUUUGUAAUCAAUCGCCACUUUGUUGGCUGUUCGUGUCACUUUGUCUUAAGCGCUCGUCGGUUUGUUUUGACACUUCGGGCGACCGCCCGGCGUACGAGAGAGAGACGGCUCAAUCUUGGCAAGAUCUACAUCUUUUGUUGAGGUGCCAUUUUGUAUGAAGUUUUUCUUUUCUUUUUUGUUAUUAUCAAUGAUUCUUGUUUUAAAAAAUAUGUAUUAUAUCAGUACUUGUCUUGUUGGCUAGUACAGAUUAUCAAGGAAGAAGCUAGUAUGAGUACCUCUAGUCUAUAUAGUUUUGUAAAUACUGAGCAGAAAAAAACCUGAAGAUGGAUGUGAAGUAAAAUUGUAUCUUAUCCUGGCAGAUGUUUUUCUUAACUUUUUGUCUACGCUCAGAUAGUUGAAGCCGUAUUUAUAUUAUUAAUCGGCCCUCGCUGUCACAGCACAGCGAUCUAGCUCUCCUCAACAUGAAGAUGUCACGUUGGACGAGUCGCGGCUCCGCGGCACAAAAUGUACACGACAUUCAUGUCGCCUGCAAGCCGGGGAAAGUUAAAUAUUCUGCUUAUAGUUUUGUGUAUUUUUGAUUAUGUGCAGAGAAGCCAUAAACGGUUGAAGAAGAUUUAAAGAGUUUCUUCGUAUACGCUGGCUGAAGUCUUCACACCUUGUUGAGUUUAAUGGUUGUUUGCCCGUUGAUGGUAAAGAUUAGUGUCCUGGCUCCAACUUUAGCCUGCAUUUUAUUCACAAAUUCCAAGAAUACACUAAUGUGGGUUUGGGCAGGUACAUGAUACCAAAUAAUUGGUGGGAACCUCAGGGUGUGGGAGGGGGGAGGGGGGCUGUGGUAGUAUUUGAAUCUGCAGACUUUUUUCAUGGACCAAACCUAUUUUUCUGUAUGUUCUUAUGUUAUAAUAAAGGAUAUGUAAAAUGUA